UACAUUGUGGGUGUUUGGGGGGUGUCACAUGAGAAAUUCCUGAAGUUGUAUAUUGGGGUACACUCCCUCCUUUACUAUUGGAAGAUCACACCUUGGAUAUUCUAGAGUUAAAGCUCAAGGCCCCCCAGGGAUUGCAGGAAAGCGAGGCCCCCUAAUAAAAUGAAUGGAGUCACAGGGAGUACCAAACUACAACUCUCCGGCAGUUCUUAAACUACUAAUCCCAGCAUCCUCUUUAACUAAGAGCCAAUAUCGUUACGGCCUUAGUUGUACAUAAAUAAAAUGAUAAAUAUCUACCAGUUAUUAUUAUACAUAGGCGAUACCCUCUCUCUGUUUUACUAAAAACGCUACGAUCACAGCCCCGCGCCCAGAGAAAGAAUUACUUUUAUUGUCUCGGCAAAGGGGAGACUAUAGAGUAUAAAUUACAUUCGGCGUCAGCUUCCCCCCAGGGAGGAAUAAUAUUGGGGGGCAGUAGGAAAAUGAAGCACUGUCUGCGCACACGGCAAAAAUCACAUGGGGAAUCAGCCCACGUGGGAGCACUUCCUUGUUGUCGCCGGUUGAUGACAUCACGGAGCUUGACUUUAACUCUUGAGAGCACUGUCUCCUCUACGGGUGAAGAAGAACGAAAGAAGGGUCAGGAUGCUGCAGCGCUGUGUGGGGAGGGUGCCCUCAUUGUGUCAUGCAGUAUCAAGCUGUAGAGUGUCAGCUUCUGGGUGCCAGGCAGCCACUAGAUUGAGUGCAGGACUGACAUGCAGACAUCAUGUGCAGCACUUUGCUUGCUACCCAGGCACCCCAGGAGCUGGUGAUCCCAACAAUAACACUGACAGCACUGGAGAUGGGACCUUGGACAACACCCCAGCGUUGGAUAUUUCACCCUCUAAUGACCAGAUCCAAACUAGGUCUGAGAGGGGCAGAAGGGCAUGGGGGCGCUCUUUGUCUCCCCUAGACAGACUCAGUCAGAUGAUCCCUCCCCAGUUUAUCUCACAAGAAAUCCAAGAUCUGAGAAGUGCAGGAGGAACAUCACUGCAGGAGGAGCUAGUAUCUACUCCAUCACUGCAGGAGGAGCCAGUAUCUACCCCAUCACUGCAGGAGGAGCCAGUAUCUACCCCAUCACUGCAGGAGGAAUCAGUAUCUACCCCAUCACUGCAGGAGGAAUCAGUAUCUACCCCAUCACUGCAGGAGGAAUCGGUAUCUACCCCAUCACUGCAGGAGGAAUCAGUAUCUACCCCAUCACUGCAGGAGGAACCGGUAUUUACCCCAUCACUGCAGGGGGAACCCUCUAGGCUUGACCCACCGCCUCCCCUUGGAACAGCAUUUAUACCAGGGGAACUGGCCAUUGCUGAGUUUAAGAGAAGACAUUAUACUGAGUUUAAGAAAAUGUUCACUCUCACUGAUAGUGGCAAACUCAACAGCAACUGGGGGGUCAUUGGGCACAACGAGAUUGUGGGCAAACUGCCAGGGCAGAGACUAAGGACUUCUCGUGGCUUUGAAUUACUGCUCAAAAGGCCGUCUCUAACGGAAUACAUCUUAUUAAUGAAGAGGGGCCCCACUAUCUCUUAUCCAAAGGAUAUUGCAGAGAUGAUGAUGAUGAUGGAUGUAAGCCCUGGGAACGUUGUGUUAGAAGCUGGUUCCGGUUCUGGAGGACUCACUUUGUUCUUAUCAAGAGCAGUGGGUUUGGAGGGCCGUGUUUACAGCUUUGAAGUACGUGCAGAUCACCAUGCGAUAGCAAAGAAAAAUGUCAGAAAGUGGAAGAGCUCCUGGGACAUACAGAGCAGUCACCCUUGGCCGGAAAAUGUACAUUUUAUCAACCAGGACCUGUCGGCUGCUUUGCCUGACAUGGGAUCUGUGGCCUUUGAUGCAGUGGCUCUGGACAUGCUGAACCCCCAGGUUGCAUUACCUGCGAUACUGCAGAAUCUGAAGCAGGGAGGAGUUUGUGCGGUGUAUGUAGCAAACAUCACCCAAGUCAUCGACCUGCUUGAAGGAAUCCGCUCUUGUCAGCUGUCCCUGCUGUGUGAAAAGAUAAAGGAGAUCUCUGUGAAGGACUGGCUGGUGGCUCCGGCUGUACGCAAGGACGGGACAAUAUCCCAACGAGUGGAACCCCAGUGGAAUACAGAGUCGGAUGUGGAACUUCAUCAUGAAGAACUCAACGCUGACACUGAGGAGCUUUCUAAUGCUGUAAAACCCUUUGGACAAGUGCCUUAUAUUGCUCGGCCGUUGCCAUGGCAAUCAGGUCAUACAGCUUUUCUUGUUCAGCUGAGGAAGAUCAGAGCAGCUCCUAACUGCACAGAACCGGAAGACUCCAGUUAAUGAAAUUAUUUUCUAUAUACUUUAAACAUAUUUCAUUCUCUGUUAUAAACAUCAAUUUAGAUUUAAAAGAACUCGAUGUGAAAUGAAAGUGACAUAUACUUUGGACAUCUCUGUAUAGCUAAGUGCAGCCCCAUUAUUGCUCAGGACGGACUUUAUUCUUUGUUAUGUGUAAACCACUCCAUGGAUCUGUCUUGUGAGCUGCAGCGUCUCCUCUGCUGGUGGAUUUCAUGAGGUUCUAUAAAGAAUGAAAGUAAAGCCCAUGUGAAGGAUUUAUGAGAUUAUUUAAAGCCUUAAAGUGAUACUGACACUUAAAAACUACUUUUUAAAAUAUGAAUGUACAUUAAAAGUUACCUAUAGGUCAUGUA